AUGUUUAAUAAUGAACCACUGGAAAAAAUCGACAAGGAGCUGUAUGACAUUCUAGCAGAUGAAGAAAAAAGACAAAGAGAGACCAUAAACCUUAUAGCAUCGGAGAACCUAACGAAUAAUGCAAUUCGUGAAUGUCUAGGAAAUCGUGUAAGCAACAAAUAUUCAGAAGGGUACCCUAGAAAGAGGUACUAUGGUGGGAAUGAUUACAUCGAUAAGAUAGAAAUGCUUUGCCAGAAGAGAGCCCUGGAAGCUUUCCAUGUAAGUGAAGAUGAUUGGGGAGUUAAUGUACAACCGUUAUCAGGAUCAGCUGCUAAUGUACAGGCUCUAUAUGCAUUAGUUGGAGUGAAAGGAAAAAUUAUGGGAAUGCAUUUAUGUUCUGGUGGCCAUUUAACUCAUGGAUUUUUUGAUGAAAAAAAAAAAGUAUCCAUUACUUCUGAUAUGUUUGAAUCUAAAUUGUACAAAUGUAAUAGUGAAGGAUAUGUGGACUUAGAUGCAGUUCGUGAAAUGGCUUUAUCAUUUCAACCAAAGGUUAUAAUAUGUGGUUAUACAAGCUAUCCAAGAGAUAUAGAAUACCAAAAAUUUAGAGAAAUAUGUGAUGAAGUGAAUGCAUACUUACUUGCAGACAUAUCACAUAUUUCAAGUUUUGUUGCAUGUGGAAAUUUAAAUAAUCCAUUUUUAUAUGCUGAUGUAGUUACAACAACAACACAUAAAAUACUAAGAGGGCCAAGAAGCGCUUUAAUAUUUUUUAAUAAAAAAAGAAACCCUGGAAUUGAUCAAAAGAUUAACAGUGCUGUAUUCCCAAGUUUUCAAGGAGGUCCUCAUAAUAACAAAAUUGCUGCUGUUGCAUGUCAACUGAAAGAAGUGCAUUCACAAACAUUUAAAGAAUAUACAAAACAGGUACUACUUAACAGUAAAGCAUUAGCUAAGUAUUUAAUUAAUAAUAACAUAGACCUCGUUACAAAUGGAACGGAUAAUCAUCUCAUUGUUGUAGAUCUUAGAAAAUAUGGCAUAACCGGCUCGAAAUUACAGGAAACUUGUAAUGCUAUUAAUGUUGCAUUGAAUAAAAAUACAAUUCCUUCAGAUGUAGAUUGUGUAUCACCAAGUGGGGUUCGUAUAGGUACUCCUGCUAUGACUACUAGAGGUGCCAAAGAAAAAGAUAUGGAAUUCAUUGCUAACAUCUUAGUUAAAGCUAUACAUGUAACUGUCGAAAUACAAGAAAAAUUUGGAAAAAAACUUGUUGAUUUUAAAAAGGGUCUGGAGGGAAAUUCAGAUAUUCAAAAGUUAAAGCAGGAUGUUGUCCUAUGGGCAGGUGCUUUGCCUUUUCCCUGA